CUCUCGAGUGUAUUUGUUUGCACAGGCAGCAUCACUGUCCACAUGGAAGCACGAGGAUCUAUGAAAAUUCCGGCACCUGUUACCCCACAACUGAAUACUUGGAAAAAUAUCCUAUGUAUGGCAAUGUUCUUCCACCCCAGAGUCUUAAACCCAAGCAAGAGUUCCAAGCAUGCCGUGGUAAAAUGGAAGGAAUAACGACAUUUAAGUCAGAUUAUCGUCCAUAUGAAAUAGUCAAACAGCCUCGUCAUGUACCAGAAGAAUAUAAGCCCAAACUUGGACAGAUUGAUCUUGGUACUACCUACAAGCGGGAUUUCAAUUCUUAUAAAGUGCAGCCUGUGGCCAUAGCCCGGCCUUUGGAAAGACAGCAAGUUAAAAAAGGAAAGUUGGACACUGUCCCAACCUACAAAGAUGAUUAUAGGGCUUGGGACAUUCAGAAAAGCGAACUUUAUAAACCCAAAGAAAAUUACCACCCACCUACUGUGAAAUUCGGAAACUCAACAACAUUUCAGGAUGACUACAUGCCUCAGGAGGUAAAACCACGGCCAAGCUUCAAGCCGUCCUUUGCGCUCCAACCUUCCACCAUCCCCUUUAAUGGAGACACCAGCCAUCGCCUUGAUUAUGUCCCACAUCAGCUGGAAUUCACAUGUGCAAGGCCAAAAGAAGUGUACAAGCCAACCAGCCAACCUUUUGAGGCUCUCACAACUCACCGCAAUGACUUCCAGGGUCUUGUUGGUGAGACUGCAAAGAUCUGCAAACCUGCCUACAACAGAGUGACCCAAAAUGUUCCGUUUUCAGGAAGCACUGAAUUCCAAGAAAGUUUUCAGCCUUGGGAAAUGCCACCACCCCCUGUCAGGAAAGCAGCAGAGUAUGUCCCACCAGCAGGGACUAUGCAGUUCAGUAGCACGAGUCAUCUCGACUAUGUCCCACAUCAGGCCAGCCGUGUGGCUGCCAUAAGGCCCAUUUCUCAUAGAAGAAAUAGCAACGUUCCCUUCCAAGGGAAGAGUACCACAAAGGAAGAUUUCCCAGUGUGGGAAAGUUGUCGUCAGGGAAUUAUUAAGAGGCAACAGCAGAUACCGAACCCAUCUGGAAAAUUUGAUGGUUUGAGCACUUUCCGAUCUCACUAUGUGCCACAUGACCUGAUUCCCACAAAGAGUUGCAAACCUUUAACCAUUUCUCUGAGAAGUUCUGUUCCAUUUGACGAUGCGACCAUGUACUCCACAGAGUACACGCCGAAGAAGCAGGAUGUCUGCCCUGCUAGCUACCCUGCUCCUCCAGGGUAUAUAUUUGAAAGUACAAACUCCCAAGGUCAUAAGUUCUUCCGCAAGAUCACUCCCGCAGUGGAGGCCUUCUAGUCAUGAAGCCAGGCUUCAAAGAAAGCUAACUAGCACACGUGUUGGUUUUCCCAGGGUAAAACCAAGUUUUACAGUGGGGAAAAAAUGAGAGACAAAAGUGAAUCUUUUCUCAUAUUUUUAAACAAUACAAUUGAAAAAGUUUAUGAAAUCGGAAUCUUAACACUUAAUUUACUUUCUGCCUUUUAAUCAGGAUUAUUCUUUAUGAUUUUGAAAACUGAACCGUUUCAGUAUCUGCCUUGCCAGCUGGACCCAUAGGUAACAGCAUGGCAAACAGAGAAAAGAUGGAAGUUGCCAGGGCUUUCCUCGUGCUUCGAGCCAUAACCAGUGCUCAUGCGACAGCAGUCAAGAGAUCAAAUGAUGCAAUGCUUUGGGAAA